AUGAACAAUCUGCCACAAGAACUUGUCGACAAGAUAUGCAGUUAUAUACCCAGUGAGGAUUUGAAGCAUGUGCUCACGCUCAAUCGCCAGUUUCGCUAUGGUGCAGAGCGAUACUUUGGAUUCUUUGACGAGUAUACUAUUAAGGAAGAUAACACCGAGUUCCUUUCGCGUUACUCCUGCCAUCGCCUGCUUUACCUCAAGGAAGUCAUCUUCAAACCAAUGCUCCCACCCGUGUUGAAACCGCCAGAUGGCGAAGAGUUACCGUGCCGUGAGAGUGCCGAGGAAAUAUGUGAGAAAGAUGAAUCCUUUACUCGCCAGGUUCAAAACCUCUUCAACACUCUCAGUCAGUUGGAGCAACAGGCUGGGGAGAUGCAUGCAUCAGGGAGAUACCGGCUUUCGUCUACAGUCUUGCGCAGGACAUCACAUAUUUUAUAUGGUGUUUACAUCGCUUUCCAUUCGCUUGAGAUACACAACAACGGUAAUGACAAGUUCCGCGAGUCAAAACUGGAUCUUCGUGCUAUCAUCGAUCUAACGUCGAAGUUCCCCAACCUCGAGUAUUUAGGAUGCAAGACGGGAGGAUUUGAAUGGCAUGAAACAACUGGCGAGAUAGAGUCGGAAACUCACUUCAAGCAUGAUUGGGAAGGACCACGUCGUGAUGGGAGACAUGAAUUCGCCAACGUUGUAUUAUCGCCAUCUUUCGAGUUGCCAAAAUCACUCAAAAGAGCUUCCUUGGAUUUCUUGAACCCGUUGACGCGAGCCGUGGAUAUCUCACAGUCAAGACCUCUACCCGAUCUAUUGGGGCCAGCAGUCAGAGAUCUGUUCAGCUCAAGCCUGGGCAUUUUAUCGAACAACUUCCGUCAGCUGCAAAUACGAGCCAUGAUUGACAAGAGUCUGUUUCCUACAGAUGCCAGUACUGGGCCUCGUUGCCUCAAUAUGGAGAUUCUAGAAGUCGUGUUUCACCCAGCACAUCCGAAUGGAUCCUGGUACUUUCACGGCCCGCAAGGCGAAGUUCGCAAUGUGAUGGGGUUCAAAAUCACUGACGAACACUAUCCGCCAUACGAAAAGACCGAGCUGGAUGAAGAGAUGGAAUAUCUACAUGAUGAGAGGCCCAAUGGGGACCCGCAUGACGGUAAUUCUCAGUAUCUCAUCACACCAGAUGAACACCGCUUACGUCCGCUUUUCAAAAGCUUCGCCGAGGCCGCCAUCCAUAUGGCAUCUUUGAAGUCAGCCUACCUCUGAUCA